CGGUCCGGUGUUGUCGGUUUUUCUUUCUCUUCCCCCGAACCGAUAGUUGUGACACUUUCCACCUCAAAAUUUGCAUAUAUCUUCCUCGCCAUCACUGCCUUCUUUCUGAGGCACAGUAUAAUAUUACACUAGAAAAAGCUCUUUGCUUUCUCAAAAAUGGAGCCCAAACUCGGCAUUGGCAAUGCAAAAAGUACGAUGAUAUCAGUAGAGGAUGCUCUUUCAACGAUUCUUAAAGUGGCUCAGCGUUUGCAACCAAUCACAGUGCCACUUCACGAUGCUUUUGGCAAAGUCUUGGCUGAGGAUAUUCGUGCUCCUGAUCCUUUACCUCCCUACCCAGCUUCAAUCAAGGAUGGUUAUGCAGUAGUUGCUUCAGAUGGGCCUGGUGAAUAUCCUGUAAUUACUGAAUCAAGAGCUGGAAAUGAUGGUCUUGGUGUUACUAUUACUCCUGGGACUGUUGCUUAUGUAACAACUGGAGGUCCGAUACCUGAUGGUGCUGAUGCAGUUGUUCAGGUUGAGGAUACUGAAAAAGUUGAGGAUGGUUUAGUUGAAUCAAAACGAGUACGAAUACUGGUGAAAGCUAGCAAAGGUGUUGAUAUUCGUCCUGUGUUCAGAAGUCUUUGUCUCCAGGGAUGUGACAUUGAGAAAGAUGCUGUGGUACUGAAAUCUGGAGAAAGAUUAGGUGCUUCAGAAAUUGGUCUGCUUGCUACUGUUGGUGUUGUAAUGGUGAAGGUAUAUCCUACGCCUACAGUUGCUGUGCUUUCCACUGGAGAUGAACUUGUGGAGCCAAUAACUACUUGUCUUAGUCGUGGCCAGAUUAGAGACUCCAACCGUGCUAUGUUAUCUGUAGCUGCAAUACAGCAGCAAUGCAAGGUUGUUGAUCUUGGAAUUGCUAGAGAUGAUGAGGAAGAACUUGACAAGAUACUGAAUAAAGCCUUUUCUGCUGGAAUUCAUAUUCUUCUUACUUCAGGGGGUGUUUCCAUGGGUGACAAGGAUUUUGUUAAACCAUUGUUUGAAAAGAAAGGGACAGUAAACUUCAACAAGGUUCUCAUGAAACCAGGAAAACCUUUGAUGUUUGCAGAGAUUGAUUCAAAAUCGCAGAACAAUGCAUCAGAAAAAAUACUUGCUUUUGGUUUACCUGGAAAUCCAGUGAGCUGUCUAGUCUGUUUCCAUCUCUUUGUAGUCCCUGCCAUCCGCCAACUUGCUGGAUGGGCAAAUCCUUAUCUUCAGAGAUUGCAUGCUCGCCUUCAUCAGCCCAUAAAGACAGAUCCAGUCCGACCAGAAUUUCACCGUGCCACUAUUGAAUGGAAGCUUAAUGAUGGAUCAGGCAAUCCUGGAUUUGUUGCCGAGAGCACUGGUCAUCAGAUGAGCAGCCGGCUUUUAAGUAUGAAAUCAGCUAAUGUUUUGUUGGAGUUGCCAGCAACAGGCAGUGUAAUUCCUGCUGGAACCUCUGUCCCUGCCAUCUUAAUUUCUGAUUUAAGCGGUACUGCUAUUACUGAGAGUGGCUCAUCUUUGGAUUCAGCUUCCUCAAGACACAGAAACACAUCUAACAAGAUAGCUAUACAUGAGUCUGAGCAUAUUGAGUUCAGGGUAGCUAUUCUAACAGUCAGUGAUACUGUUGCAGCUGGGGCUGGCCCUGAUCGAAGCGGACCUAGAGCAGUAUCAGUUGUAAAUUCAUCAUCAGAAAAGUUAGGAGGAGCAAGAGUAGUUUCAACAGCUGUUGUCCCAGAUGACGUAAGCAAAAUCAAAGAUGUUCUGCGGAGAUGGAGUGAUAUUGAUGGAAUGGAUCUUAUCCUUACCUUAGGUGGCACUGGCUUCACCCCUAGAGAUGUGACUCCUGAAGCAACCAAGGAGGUGAUUCAAAAGGAAACACCUGGCCUUUUAUAUGCCAUGAUGCAAGAGAGUCUAAAGGUGACACCAUUUGCUAUGCUGUCUCGCUCUGCAGCAGGAAUAAGAGGGUCAACAUUGAUUAUCAAUAUGCCUGGCAAUCCUAAUGCGGCUGCUGAAUGUAUGGAAGCUCUGCUGCCUGCUCUUAAGCAUGCACUGAAGCAGAUUAAAGGAGACAAGAGAGAGAAACAUCCUCGUCAUAUUCCUCAUGCACAAGCAGCAACUGUGGAUACAUGGGAACGCAGCUAUAAGUUGGCCUCUCGCGUCUCCCCUGAACCUUCUUGUUCUUGUUCUCAUUGAAAUGUCAUGGGAGCCAAAUGUGCGAACUUUAUGCAUUUAUUAUAUGGGCGCUGUUUUCUCAGAUUUUGGUUCUGUAUGAAUGUUAUGUUGGUCGUCUCACAUUACUCUUAUCUUCUGCUUUGGCCAUUGAUGGCUAUUUGAUUUCUGUUGUAUCAUCUAGAUUGUUAGACGAUGAACGUUCAAAAUAAGAAUCAAUGGCCAGAUUGAAAAUCGUUGGCCUAAGGAAA